AUGUCGUUCACCUUCAAGUGGCCCCGGUUUUCCGACCAAUUUCAUGCCGAUGCAAUCCAGUUGCUCACGUCGGCUCUCAACAAGGGCAACAAGCCGCCCGUCAUAGCAGACAAGAUAGAGGUAGUCGAGCUGGAGAUGGGUACUCAACCUCCCGAACUGGAGAUUAGGGACAUCGGAGAGCUUACGAUGGAUCAGUUCCGGGGAAUUUUUCGCCUCACCUACUCUGGAGAUGCGCAUAUAGUGCUGAGGACGAAGGUGCAGGCAAACCCUCUAAACCACAAGCAGCCCGACAUUCUCCUUAUGGGCGGGUCAAGGGGUAUGCUUGCAGCGAAGCAACCUCUUGUCGUCCCCAUGCUCCUACGCCUGUCCCACUUCAAGCUGAACUCGUACGUCGUUCUCGUCGUCUCACGGCAAAAGGGUAUCACGCUCGUCUUCAAGACCGACCCUCUUCAGAAUGUCGACAUUAACAGUACAUUCGACUCGAUCGCUGUCAUUCAGAAGUUCAUACAGCACGAGAUAGAGGGGCAGCUGCGUCAGAUGUUCAGAGAAGACCUGCCGGGGAUCAUUCACAGGCUGAGCCAGCAAUGGGUCAAAGCAAAGGUCGAGACACCCUUGUCGACGAAACGUCCAUCCACAAGCUCACGUCUGCGCACAUUUGACUCGAUGUCUGCCUCGGAACUCUCCGUAUAUCGACCCUCGCAAAUGCAACCCAUGGGCCUACCGCCUGGUCUUGCGCUCAGACAGCCGUAUGGUCUUGCUAGCGUCAGCCGAGCACGCACGGCAUCCGUCUUCUCGUGUUCCAGUGCAGGCCGCAGAGCAUCCUCCACAGCAUCCUCACCGCCGUCCACAGUAGCCACACCUGCGCCAGAGGACACAACAUCAUUCCCAGAUCUCGAGAAUUACGACCCGACAUACGGCCUGCGACCCGAAGGCCUGCCCGCGAAGAGCGUCUUCAGCGGAUUCCGGAGUCUUUUCGCCCCAAGCAAGGGGCUGGCAGUCUUGUCGGAGGAGGCGAAUGACAUGGCAGAUUCGCUCGAGGACGCUGCGUCGUAUAGUUCGAGCAACUGGGAUGAGCUUUUCUCGGAUUACAAUUCUCCACCAUCUGUCUCUGCAGCGGAUGAUGAGACGGAGUACGAAACGGUCCCGGCCGUAGGAGGGGGGACUAUCACACGACCAAGGGUGUAUCAUUCGCAGUCACAAAUACUGCCAUCUGUGGAUGGCUCACCCGUGGCGGAAUCCUCGACAGCGGCACGCUCGCGCGGGCCUACGUCGUCACCUCGGUCGAGCACCGCCCGUGGCUCGCUACUCCAACCGUCUCAUCCAUGGUCACAACCUAUCAAUCGUCAUCCGUCCUAUAAUCCUUACCUUGCCGGCAUGACACCGUUCCAUGACGACACCCGCUCGAACGCAAGCGUUGCCAUGAACUCUUCCUGGCACGAGGAGUCAAUGCAGCAAGGCCGUUCCUCCUCUGAUCUCCCCCCUGUACCACCUCUCUACCGAUCUCCUCCACCCCGCGUGGGCAGUCCAUCGAGCCUACGGAGUGGACCGUCACGUUCGAGCGACAUGACGCACUCCGUGCCCACGCCGCCCACAUCAGAUGAGGAGAUGGGCAUUCAAGUCAGCGAUUCCCGACGCCUAUCCCUCGCAUCUUCGAAUCUAGAUAGAUUUCAGCCAGGAUCUCCUUCCGAUCAGCACUACAUGCCAGAUCACGACCCAAAAAUCAUCCUACGGGCAGCAGCAAACAGUUCUAUAUCUAAACUGUCCACCCUCAGCCACUCAAACCACACCCUCUCUCCGUACACACGGACCCUUGAACACUUCACCGUACGCAGCGUCCCUCCCCGCAGAUCUACGUCAUCGGGGACAGCUUCGAGUGUCGAGAAGCAACCUGUGAAAGCAAGGCGCAAGCGAACUUAUUAUCUUGGUGGUAAGCCCGCGAAACCACCUGAGUCGCCCGGAAAUAUCGCGCCGCGUUCGCCUCCUCCAACCACGUCCGAGUUCGAUGCUUCAGAGAUGGACCGUUACUUUCGUUCAAACGACGAUCUCAUCCCCCCUUACCCAGAUCACAUCUCGUCUUCUUCAAACGCCCGUCGACGAGUGCCCUACCAAGCAUCAUAGUCAGGACUUGUACCUUACGUACCAAUUGUUUAGCAUUUUGUGUAGUUACCCUUCUUGUAGUCACGCAAUUGUAGAUCAAUCACACUUGGGCCGUUCUUCACAUCGUAUUAGCCGAGAUUGAAGGGCGGAGCAAGGGGCUGAAACCCUUCUGCCGAGAAUGAGAUU